AUGUCAAAAAUACCAAAGAGUCAGAUGUUCAAUUCCUCUGAAAUGCUCAAUGGAGAUUAUAAUGAUGAUAAUAAUGACAAUAACAAUAAUAAUAAGAAUGAUGCUGGAAGUAAUAAUAUAAUAAACCAAAACCAUACGCCAAACAAUCAAUCGUAUAACAAUAAUAAUACCCCGAAUCAACCAUCAAGGAAACGUCAUAGAUCUACCGUCGUAUGCACAAAUUGUAAGAAAAGGAAAAGUAAAUGUGAUAGAAGUAGACCCUGCGGAACUUGCAAAAGAUUAGGCGAUGGGAAUUCAUGCUUUUAUAUCCCAGAAGUACCGAAGGUAAAACCAUCUAAAUCACGUAAAUCUUCAAUAUCAAAUAUUCCAAUUAAUCCAGUAUCAAAUAAUAACAGUGGUGAUGAUUCUCCUAUUACUACGGUUAUCCCACCUCAAGCUUCUUAUGGAACACAUUUAUUAUCUACUCCUCAUAGCAACUUCAUGCCUAAGAGGGUGAAAUUGUUGAAACCUUCCGAUAGACAUACUCUUACAAGAUCUCCAGAUAUGGUUACAACAACGUCAAUGCAAUUAAUUACUCCCAUUCAUCACCAAGAACCAGAAUAUAUUAAUCUUAUCCCCAAUGGGUACUAUAUCGAGACGAAAAGGUCUGCAGUGACGUUAUUCUCAAUGUUUACAGAUUCUUCAAUGGAUCAUAGAGACCCAUACUUGAAAGCCAUGACUAUAUUUCGUAGUAUUGCCAUUGAAAAGACAAUGCAAAAAUUGAAGGUGAAACAGAGUGAUAUUACAAACCCAAGUUUACCAGUAUCCUUUGAAACAUUAACAGCAUUUGAUUCAGCAAAGGAACAAGAACGACAAAAGCAAAAAAGACUACAAAAUGCACAAGCUGAAGAAAGACCAUUAUCAGCACAACAACAAUUAGAUGAAGAAACAAGAAAUCAACUACAUACUUCUACUUCCUUUUAUAAACAACAUCAAAUGAUACAUAAGGCAAUUUUUGAAAAAUUCGCCAAAUAUAGAAGAAAUGAUUCAACAAGAUUUGAUAAUUUAGAAACAAUCGCUAAAAAAUAUAUCCCACCCCGAGAUUUAUUCCUCAAUAAAAUAUUACCAUUUUUUGAAUCUAAUAUACUCGAUAUGAUCCCUAUUUUCAAUAUGAGAAUUUUGACUAAUGAAUUUGAAAUACUUUAUAAUAGGAUUGAAACAGAAUCAUCAAUAUCAUUAAAAGAUUUUGAUCAUGUAGUUUAUUGCAUUAUUCUAAUCAUAUCACGUUUGACACAAUUAUCAUUAGAGUUCUCUAAGAUUUCUCAUGAUUUAAAUCAAGAUAUUUUAAACUUAGAUUCAACGAAAUAUAUAGCAAUAGUAAAUCAAUAUUUAUUCCAAAUGAAAACUUUGAGAAAAUGUACAUUGUUACAAUUACAAUGUCUAAUCUUAUUGAGAUUCUAUCAUUGGUGUGCACCUGAAGACGGGGAUGGUCAAGAAGCUCAACAAAAUCAAGUACUUAUGGGUACCAUUAUUGCUAGUUGUAAAGAAGUAGGUAUUAAUUGGACGUGUCUAUUAGAAACUGAAGGAAGAUUUUUCAAAAUUUCAAAGGCAACAAGACCAAAUUUAGAGAUUAUGGAUGCCUCAGAGUAUGAACGAAUUUUUAAAUUAAUUUGGUGUUAUGUCUUAUUUUGGGAUAGGAAGAUGUGUCUUGUUAAUGGUCAAGAAUGUUUGAUUGGGAAAUCUUUCCCCUUUAACGGUAAUAAGAUUGGAUUGGAUUCUUGGUUUGUUAAGAUUGUAGAAUUGGAUCAUUUGAUUAUGAAAAUUAAUGAUUUAAUUAAUGAUUUACCAUCUCACGUGGAUUUAGUUCAAGUGGAAGUCUUAAAGGAUGAACUGGAGAAUGGAUUUAAAGUCUUGCAAAAGUAUUUGCAUGAUAAGAAUCAUUUGAAUUUCGAAUUUCAAUGGAUGUUAGAUUUGUUUUCGUUAGCAAUUUUACACGCCAAAAUGAUCUUUUAUGAAUAUGAUUUAAAUUUUAUGAAAUUUCAUAGCUCAGCACAACAAUUAUGGGAUCAAUUAAUAUAUGUGGCACAAAGAUGUUAUUCCAUUUUCUACAAUGAGAAUUCAAAUGAUAUAUUGAACCCUUUUACUAAAUUUUACACUAAUAGAAUUGUUGAAAUUGUUGCUAAUAAACUUUGUGUGUUGUUACCAAGUUUUAUCCUGAGAGUAAGUAGAUUCAAACAAUUGGAUCAUUCUUCAAGAAAUUUGAUGGUUAAAUUCUUAUAUGGUAUCUCGUCGAUUUAUUUCAAUGAAUUUGGAUUUGAAUAUUACAGAUGUUUUAAAAAAAUGUUCACUGCUAAAUUAAGUUACAAGUUACUGAAUCGACCCAUGGAUAAAGAUGCAUGGCAAAUUAUAUUAGAAUUUUUAGUCUAUGAAUUAGAGUUCAAUAAAGAACAAUACGAAAAUGAUAAAGAUUAUAGUAAGAGAACAACAUUAUCCGAAAUGCUUCCCUUAGUGACGAAAUUGGUUGAAGAAAUAAAAAUGAAAACUUCAACAUCAUCUGAUGAUAGAAAAAGAAUUAUCGAUGUUUGGGAUUCAUCUGUUUAUCCUAUUGGACAAUAUGAUUCUGCAUUCAAGUUAAAUCUUCAUGAAGAUAUUAUUGAACAUUUCCUAAUUGACAAAUAUACUCAAAACUUCAAUAUCUUCGCAUCAUUCUAUGAUGAUGCUAGUUCACAACUUGCUCAAAGUACUGCUAAUGUUGAUGAGAAAUUAAGAACGAAAUUACAACCUCAAGGUAAAGCAGACGUAAAUGUUCAACCAAUAAUUGCUGCUGAAUUGGAUACUUUACCUUCAUCAUGGUCCAACCUUGCCUGGUUAAAUGAUGAUCUGCAUAGUCCACCACAAGACCUUUCCCAAGAAAUUAAUCCAACUGAUGGGCUAGUAGAGAUUGAACCUUCCAACUUUGGUUUGUUGCAAGAGAUUUUCGAACCAUUGGAUUUCAUAUCAUUUUUUUGA